AUCUUCCUAAAAGUCACUCCUAGUGAUUUAGGUUAUAAAAACUUAAACAACCCCCAAAGUAAACAAACCUAAUUAUGAUUAGUUUAUUUAAUUAGAUUAAUAUAAUAGUGUCUUAAGUCCCCAUAAUCGCCAUGGCAGAGUUCGAUAUAGAGCCGGGAGCUGCCAGAGACAGUGUGUUAAUAGCUUCGGGGUCGUUUGACAAUUUCGAGCAAAUGAGCUCCAGUUUGGAAGAAAUUAUCACAGAAAACGCAGUUUCUUCACGAGAAGACCUAAAUCUGAUAGGAGCCCAAGCGGACAAUGGCGAGGAGUCGUCCAGUAAAGCUGAAAAUGGGGUAGAACCUGAAGAGGAAAUAGAGAACUCUGUGGAAUGGACCUCAAAGAAGAAGCAUAUAUUUGUAUUGAGUACGGCAGGGAAACCUAUCUAUUCUAGAUAUGGAAAUGAAGAUAAGUUGGCCUGGCUAUUUGGGGUCAUGUUAGGCCUAUUCAAGUAUAGUCGCGACAGCAUCAAGAGCAUCCAUGCCGGCGAUACCACCUAUGUGUUUCUGUCCAAAAAACCCUUAAUUCUAGUGGCUGUUUCAAAAACUGGGGAGAGUGUUAGUCAGCUGACAUUGCAGCUAAAUUAUGUAUUCAACCAAAUAGUCAGUAUGUUAACGCUGAAAAGGCUAACAAAGACGUAUGAUGAGAGACCCAACUACGAUCUGCGAAGACUGUUGACUGGAGUGGACAGGCUGAUUGAUCAUCUGCUGGACUUCUCUGAAACAGAGCCAGCUUUUACUCUGGGGGCCAUACAGUGUCUACCGCUCGCUUUGCCGGAUCGAGAUUCUAUCAGCAAGGCCAUUAAGGACGCCUGCAGUAAAAUAAAGAACUUGGUAUUUGCAAUUCUUCUGGGAAACAACCGCCUGAUCACCAUCGUCCAAAUGAAAAAGUACCAUCUGCACCCGAUGGAUCUGCAUCUGAUCUUCAAUCUAGUGCUGGCUAACGAAAGCUUGAAGUACUCGGAAAGUUGGACCCCGUUCUGUUUGCCCCGAUUCGAUAACAGCGGCUUUCUGUACGCGCACGUUUCGUAUCUAGCGGACGAUUGCCAGGCCUGUUUGCUGCUCUUGACGGUCGAACGCGACGUGUUUUUUCCUCUAAGCGGCGCCAAACAGAAAAUUGUGGAAAAACUGCGAAUCAACGGCGGAAUGGAGCACAUCAAUGCGUCGCUUGCCUCAUUGGAGGAAAGCGCUUUAGCGGCCGGAUUUCCGGAGGUGCGCCACUACUUGUACAAGUGCAAAUCGACCGCUCAGUUCUAUCAACCAGCCGCAUGUCCGCCUUAUGCCAGAGAUCGCAUCAAACUGAUGGAGCUUUACAAGAGGGCCCAUCAUAAAAUGCACUAUUCGAGCAGGUCUUUAAAGCUCAGCUUUGAACGGUCAGCGGAUGAGGCCGUCUUCUCUUGGGACACUAAGGGGUUCGAGCUGUAUGCGAUCUUCGAACCGCUAAUUGAAACUUCAAGUGCAAUCAUGAGCGUGAGUAAGUUACUGAACUGGAUUAAGAAACGGGAAGAUAAGCUGUUCCAUUUAAAUGCUUAUACUUUUUGAGUCAGUUGAUACCACAAAUCAGCUAAAGCUUUACUAAACGGAUAUCAAAUUGUUCCUGGGAAUUAAUUUUACUUAGAUUACUAAAUAAAAAGUGGCGUUUUCCUUUAAUUUCCCGGGCAUUGUUAUAAGUCAUUAAAUUCUAAUCGUUAUAUAUUUAUGAACAAUUAAAAACUGUCUCUAA